ACUCAGCUGGAGUGUGGCCAGUGAAAAGCAAACUGAAACCCACAGAUCUGCCAAAAUGAGGGCCAAACAGAAGCAGGAAAGGAAUUACACUGCUGAUGGUCGAUGAGAUUACCCAAGUGAUGGUAAAGAGAGGAGCUGGUUAAGAUUGAGUCCUGUGAGGAUGCUGCCAGAUCUGUUAAGUAUUCACAGAAUUUUUACCUGGGCAACUCUGGUGAGCAGUGCAGUCACACCUUGUUCUGUGUAUUUGUGGAAAAGGGACAGCAGUGUUUCUUCAUGCCGGUGAGGGUGGAGAAAAGACAUUCAACAGAAAUGCUUUAUUCUUGUGGCAACAGACAGAGAAAAAAGGAGGUAUCCUGCUCCCAGAGAAGUCAGAAAAACACCUUCAGUAAAAACAACAAGAAAUCCCGAAAGUUUGGGGUGAUUUCAAGAACAUUCUUACUGUGUAAUUCCAAGAGUAGUGAUGACAGAACAAGUGGUGAAGAAAAUGAUUCUACUUCAAAGGAUCAAGUAUCUGAAGGAGCUAGUGAAUUAAAUGACCUCCAAACACAGACAAUAUCUCAAGCUCAGCCAAACAGCCUCAAUGAAAAGGCCCCUGCCAUUCAAAGUGAGCUGAAACCCAGUGACAUUGCUGAGUCUAGGAAGGAUAUCAAGAAAGAAUGUUUUUAUCAGGAGCCUGCACUAGGAACCUGUAGGUUGUACAUAGCCACAGGAGACCAGGACCUUGGGAUUCAGAUCAGCGUGGACGGAAAUGAACCAUCAUCUAUAACAGUUAACCAUGUGAUCAGCGGAGGGGCUGCUGACAGAGAUGGGAGACUCAGUCCAGGAGAUAAACUGCUUAAGGCAAAUGGAUCCUCAUUGACUGGACUUUCAAUCCAAGAGGCUGAAGUUCUGAUUCAAUCAACAAAGGGCUUGGUGGAUUUGGUUGUUGCAAAUAAACAAGUUACAGAACAUAAAGAGAAUGAGUCACCACAGAAAUGUAGCCCUGUGUCAGACUUGGCUCCAGGGGAAUGUCAGGAAACAUCAUGGAAACGUGAAGCCUGUGACAAGACUAUAUUGCAGGAACACAAAGCAGAAGCAAUGAUUGGAAUGGAAUUAAACAAAGGAAGAUUUAUAAAAUCCCAUUGCUCACAGACUGGAGUUCCAUGUCAAAGGAUUCGAUGCAACUCUACAGGAGUGAAUUCCUACUGGUUAGACAGAAAUGUUGAUUCUCUGGUUGCUAUGAAACAAAGUCUCUGUAGUAAUUCUCCAAAACAUCCCCUUUGUGGCAACAGGAAGUCUCUCUCUCAACAGCUGGAAGCUCCUGGAGGCACCCGGACAAUGACAAGAGCGGUUCGAUCCUUAAGUUCAGCUCAUUUAAUCAACUCGUGCUCCAGUGCUUCACCCUCAGUCAUUUCAAACAUUGUUUUGAUGAAAGGUCAGGGAAAGGGACUAGGCUUCAGUGUGGUCGGAGGAAGAGACAGUGUUUAUGGACCAAUGGGUAUUUUUGUAAAGACUAUAUACCCAGAAGGAACAGCAGCUGCUGAUGGCAGGCUGAGGGAAGGAGAUGAAAUACUUGAGGUGAACGGAGUUUUAUUGAAUGAAUUAACCCAUGAUGAAGCUAUACAAACAUUUAAGCAAGUGAGGAAAGGUGUACUUACAUUAACAGUCAGGACAUGUCUAAGGGGCCCCAGCCUCAGUCACAGCCAAUCAGGAGCUGCACAUCUGAGCCGCUCAUGGUCGACCAGCUCAACUGCUGACUUUAGCAGAGGAACCUGUUCAAAUUCGGAGCUGGAUAACAUACUCUUCCUACAAAAGAUGCCACAUCCUAAUGACAGGAUUAUUAUGAAAGUCACCUUAUCUAAGGAGGAUGGUGUUGGUUUGGGAAUCGGGUUGUGCAGUGUGUGCACACGCCUGCAACCAUCUGGAAUUUAUAUCCACACCCUCUCUCCGGGAUCUGUGGCGCAUCUGGAUGGGAGACUCCGGUGUGGUGAUCGCAUUUUAAAAAUUAAUACGACAAGUGUCCACAAUCUCACCCUGAAUGAGGUUUACACUCUCCUGCAGCAUUGCAAGUCUGGACCUAACAAUCUAAUGAUUAGCCGGCAUCCCGAUCCCCUGAUCUCUGAACAGCAAUUCAAUGAAGCAAUUUUAUUAACUGUUGAAAGUGCUCGAUUCAGUAAGGACGGUAAUCCAUGGAGUACUCAAGGCCAAAGGAAAAGUGAAGCCUGUUUCCACAGAAAGCAAAAUUGGGAGAGAUAUUCAGACAGAAGUUUCAUCAAAAAAUCGCAGAAGCCAAUGACUCGUUCGAGCAGCGACAGCAGUUACUUUAAUAGUGCAGCCACAAACAAUGGCACCAUCUUCUACAUUAGCCACAGCAAAGGCUUCCAGCCUGGCUCUGAUGGUCAGAUUGACACACACACUGACUCUCUUGGUUUCAUGUCACAGACUGGGCCAGAACAAUCACCCAAUUCCACUAAGGAUUUACAUUCAGUUAAAAUUAACAGUGGAGAGCUUGAAAUAUGUGCCACAGAAAUGACCGAAAGAAACAUUAAUGAUUCAAAGAGGGUGUGUCCACCAACGCCACCACUGAGGACUGGGAGCAGUCUGCAGAAAGAUCCACUUGCCACAGAAGUGAAUGGAAGUCUCCACAUGCACAGAAGGGAUGGACCAUCUCAGCAUGACCUCUAUCAGGAAGUAAAGAACCUGAAGCCACAAGAGGACAAAGCAGUUUACAUUCACAGCAACCUCCUGACACCAGUACAUCCUGGAGAUCAGCAUUUAACUGUCCUGGACUCGAAUCCGCCUAACUUAAAAGGAGCAAAUCAAGCAAACUGCCCAGUAAGGCCUCUGCUGAGAAGGCAGGCGUGUGUGAAUCCGUCCUGGGAGGGAGAGAAACAGGAAGCCUGCAAUCAAACUGCUGAGGACACAGAAAACCUCCAAACGAGAAGUAUAUUUGCAAUGAUUGAGGACCCGGGGGGUGAAACUGUUCACAACGCGAUGUCGGAGAAACAAACAACUGCUCAAUCUCAGGGACUUUCCAGUCAGUCAGCGUGCCCUCAAAGAGCAGAAUAUCAGGAUGGCGCUGAAAGCAAACACAGUCUGUUUGCCAAACAACUAUCUAACGAAAAUGGUUCCGUUGAGAACAGCAGCUCAAACUCCACUCUUUCCAGAUCUACUGCUUCACAUAAAAAUGAGAUGAGUGAUAGCUUAUCUCCUCCUGAAGAUUUGGAAGAGGUAGCUUCGAAGCAGGUCAACGUCAUUCAAACUGAUGUGGCAGUAAGAAGAAAGACAUCAGAGCCCUCACCCAAUUAUGCUUUCUCCUCACAUUCUCAAAUCAGAAGAUCCAGAAAUGAUCAAACAGAAACAUCUCCAAGUGAUGACCCUAAAGUACAGGGAGGUGCAACAAUUCAUUUAUCUGAAGCCAGCGGGGAUCAGGCUUCGUUAAUGGAUGGUUUGAAAACCGAGGGCAGUGCCACUACUUCAGCAACAGAAAGGACCAGUGUGAAGAAAGGGCCACCUGUUGCGCCCAAGCCAGUGUGGUCCCGCCAGAGUCUGAAAGUUUCAAGGAAUGGGAUUGACGUGCCUGACAUCAUGACAAAGAUCGGCAAGGGAAGGCGUUUUGGUUCACCCCAAAAUGUAGCUCCUCAAGCCCAGUCCAUAAGACAAAGGAUCUAUUCCUUUGAAACACUUUCUAGUGCAGAUAUCCCGGACAGAGGGAACAAAAAGGACACUUGCUCACCAUCUCCGGUUUCAGCUAAAACUGUGGAAAGAACCAUCUCUGCACCAAGUGGUGAACGAGAUUCUAAAGCACAGCCUCUAUCUCCAGUGACUGCCAGCCAGCCUCCUGAUAAUGGGAAAACAGUGACUGUAACCCAUAAUAUGGGUGCUGAGGAGCCAGCAGUAACUCAAGAUGGCAAGAUUUUGUCUAGCUGUGGUCCCAGGAGAAGUAGCAGUGCAUGUAGUGAACUAUCCACCUCCCCAUGUAGCUCCCCACAGUCAUCAUCGCGGCUGGCAAAGUCACCUGGCCUUCGGACUAGGAGCUUCCCUCUGGCCUCCAAUUCCUCAAAUGAUGUUUUUGAAGUAAAAGGAAUGAGAGAAGGAUUGCUGUCUGCAAGCAGUGACAAGAUACACACCAUCAGCAACCAGGUCUCGCACGCUCUGAUGAAAAGUAUAUUUGCAUUUCUACAAUCACCAGGAUCUUGGUGUGGAAGUCCCAGGAACACAUGCCCUAGCUCUCCUUACUCUCCCUCCAACCAGGACCUGUUCUGGACUGAUCAGUCCCCAUUGGCAUCACCAACAGUUAACAACAGUCAGCUGGAGAAAGGCUUCUCUCUCAGUCUUGCAGAAUUACGAGUCUGCACUUUCAAUCUGACAGAUGAAAAUCGGAACGAGGAUGCUAAAAGAGAAUGCUCCUCAUCGUUAUCUUCCUGUGUUUCUGCCCAGUCAGUCAUAUCCUCGAUUCCUGCAGAAGACCUGGAGAAACUGAUAGAGGAAGUGAAGAACUUGGAUGAGGAGACGUUAAAGCAAUUUGAAGACAUUCAUGUUGUGGUCCUGCACAAGGAGGAAGGGUCCGGCCUAGGAUUCAGUAUCGGUGGAGGGAUAGACCUGGAAAACAAAGUGACAACCGUUCACAGAGUGUUUCCAAAUGGACUGGCAGCUCAGGAAGGAACCAUUCAAAAAGGAGAUGAGAUUUUAUCGAUCAACGGACAAUCCCUGAAAGAUGUUACUCAUACGGAGGCUCUAGGCAUCUUACGCCAGGCCCGACUGCCAAAGCAAGCAGUGAUUGUGAUACAUAAGGGCAAGGAAGAUGAAAGGAAACUCAGUAUUCCAACAGAAAGCUCAGCGACUGACAGUCCCACAAGUUCAGCAGCAGACGGUAAAGUGAACACUUUUACUGUGGAACUUGAAAAAAAUGCAGGAGGUUUGGGCUUCAGUCUAGAAGGCGGGAAGGGCUCUAUCAACGGUGACAAGCCAUUGAUUAUCAACCGGAUCUUUAAAGGGGCAGCCCUUGAUCAGAGCAACAUUAUCCAGCCUGGAGAUGAGCUACUUCAAGUAAAUGCCACCAUCCUGCAAGGUCUGAGCCGAUUUGAUGCUUGGAAUGUCAUCAAGUCCCUGCCCGAUGGGCCCUGCUCAGCAACAAUCAGGAGGAUGGGUCCAAUUUCUAGCACAGCCAAAGCAUCACAAGAAGCUGAAUAAAGCCCCUAAUAAUCAACUAAAGGACCUUAUAAAUUUAAUGUAGUGUCAUCUCUUUCCUGUAAUGCAGUUAACCUACAAUGUGUACUACAUACUAAUAUCCGCAGAAUUUCCACUGCGAUUGUUAAUCUUUUAAACUGGCUCAUCUUGUGGACAGAUUAAGGUGUUAUCUCUAUUAAGUCAUUUUAUCCGUCUGUAGCAAGCAGAGUCAAAUAGUGACAAAUCCAGGCCGGUCCUAGCUCUUGCACACACUUACUAUUCCCCAUAUCUAUUAGCAUAUGCUGGGCGAGACGUCAAUCUGACAGCUGCCUCAGCCCAUUACACUCCUGCAUAAUUAAGUUUGUGCCCAAUUACUAUUGAUGCAUACAACACAAAAACUUUAUGAACAAAUUCCCAAAUAAACGUAUUAAUGCAGGCACACAACGUAGGCGCUCACAAAGUGUUAAUACAUCCAAAAAAAGCAGAAAUUCAAUAAAUAUUUUGCCUACUGUUUCAUAGUGCGCAACUUCAACUGCAAAAUUUCUGACCAUUUUUCAUCUCUAUUACAAAACAGAAUGCCUACUUUUACUGCUGCCAAAUUCCACCCUCUAUUAACUAAACUUCAAAACACUUCUGCUUGUACUAUAUUCUUCAUUCUGUUCUGAGGGUCACCAGAUCUGAAAUGCUAACUCUGAUUUCUCUUCACGGAUGCUGCCAGCCCUGCUGAGCUUUUUCCAGCCAUUUGUUUCUGUUUUUUUUAAAUUCUUGCCAUAAAGUUCUCCAUUCCUGCAGCAUUGUCUUUGUGUAACCCCUGUCCCCUUUGGUUACUGUCCCACAAUAACAGCUGGGCUUUUAAUUGUUUAGUCCCAUGACCCAUUGCUCUAUCCUUAACCCUGCCUUCCCAGCCCCCCCUACACCCUUCCCGUUCCACAUGCUUUCUUCAAAACCUACCACUUUCACUUCCUUCCACACAUUCUCCUUUCACUGAAAAUCCAAUUUAUGCCUGUGAAGCACCUUGAGAAUUUUUUCUGCAUUAAAUGCAAGCUGAGUACAAAUGUUAUUUAGCCUGCUCAAUUUAUUUCUGAAUGGAGGUAAAUAGCAAUAUAAUGAGUGAAAACUGACUGUUGCAGCCAACUCUAAGAUAGACAAAUAAUUCAUGAGGAAUUUUACAGCUUAACAAAACUCUCCAUCCUGUUCCAGGUUAAUGUAAUAAUCCCCUAGUUAGGGUAAAAUAAAUGGAAAUAGUGGAUUGCUAGAGCAAAAACAAACAGAAAUGAUAGAAGUGCUAAGAUAGGGUAGGAAUUCUGAAGAGGAAUACAUCACUGUUUCAGGAGAAACUUAAAACAAAUUAAAACAAAACUUCAAAUGUUAACCUGUCCUUUACAGAUGCAGGUUGAUCUGCUGAACAUUGCUUUUGUGCCUCACUAAUCAGAGAUCUGACGUAUUAAGAUUCAGACUAGAUAACCCUGUUGAAAGGGAUUCAAUGUUUUGAUUUCUGAUCUGAAUUUGUAUCAAUCACAAAAAAAACCUCCAGUCUGGGUUUAAUCCCGACCCUUAAUGCAACACUGAAAUGAAAUAAUACCAAAACAAAAUUGUACUGUUCAUCUCUGUAUGCCCUAAAGCAUUUCAAUCAAGUAUUUUCAAAUGUAGACAAUAUAGCAGCCAAUUCACAGACAGCAUUGCAAUAAUGACCAAAUAAUCUGAUUCAGGUUUGAGUCAGGGCAGAAAAGUUGGCAAGGGAGGGCUUCCUUAUACUACUUCCAAACGGUGCUAAGAUGUAUGUGGUUUAAACGCCUGAUCCAAUUGAUGGCACUACGAUGACAGCCUAUUCUUUGUGCUUGAAUCUCUGGUGUGGAACUUGAAUCAUCAGCCUAGGAGGUGAGAGUGCCACAAGUGAAACAAGACUUAGAACAUAGAACAGUACAGCACAGAACAGGCCCUUCAGCCCACAAUGUUGUGCCGACCAUUGAUCCUCAUGUAUGCACCCUCAAAUUUCUGUGACCAUAUACAUGUCCAGCAGUCUCUUAAAUGACCCCAAUGACCUU